AUGUCGAACGUAAAACGAAUUGCUUUCACCGUCCACGGCACCGUCCAGGGCGUUGGCUUUCGUGACUUCGUGCAGCGGAAAGCCACCAGUUAUGGCCUCACCGGCUACGUGAAGAAUACUCCCAAUGGCAAGGUCGCAGGCGAAGCCCAAGGCGACGAGGGCUCCCUGAAGAAGUUGAAAGCGGACCUGAACGACGGCCCUAGAUUAGCACAUGUCGUCAAGCUCGAGACCAAAGAGCUGGAUCCCAAAGAAGGCGAGUCUUCGUUUGAAGCAUAG